AUGUCUGAUCAAGACAAUACACAUUUAUCAGAGGAAAUCCAAAUUAAAAUCUUUGAAUUGGCGGAUCAAGCUUGUCAAACAUAUAAGAUUGAAAAAGAUAUAGCUACUUAUUUAAAAAAGGAAUUAGAUCAAAUAUAUGGACCUACUUGGCAUGUUAUAGUAGGUAAAAGCUUUGGAAGUUAUGUUACUCAUGAACAAGGAUAUUUUAUUUAUUUUUAUAUUGGAGAAUUAGCAUUUUUGAUUUUCAAAAGUGGUUAA